AUGGAAGCAGCUAUUGCUCAGAGGGUUCAGUACCCAUCAUGGGUUGAUUGUAGAAAGUUAGAGAGGAAACCGCUAAAUUCGUUGCGGUAUGCUCAGCGAGCUAAGGAAGAGAAAAGGUUCAGAGGUCUUGCUUUGGCUCAUUUGCUACCUGACAAGAGAAAUGAACGAGCAAGAUCGGUUUCUUCUGAGGUUUCAUGUUCUGAUAAAAACUCUUCAGCAUUGUUGCAGGCGGGAAGUGUUCAUUCAUUUGAUGAAGAUCUGAUACUGAAGGCAAGUAAUAAUGAAUACCCUUUUAGGAAAGCAGAAGAGGUUAAGCCGUAUUUGCAUGGACGAUCUAUGUACCUUGUUGGAAUGAUGGGUUCUGGGAAAACAACAGUGGGAAAGUUAAUGUCGAAAGUGCUCGGUUAUUCAUUCUUUGACUGUGACACUUUGAUUGAGCAGGCGAUGAACGGAACUUCUGUAGCAGAGAUAUUUGAGCAUCACGGAGAGAGUUUCUUUAGAGGAAAGGAGACCGAUGCACUAAAGAAGCUCUCUUCGAUGUAUCAAGUUGUUGUUUCCACUGGUGGAGGUGCAGUUAUAAGACCCAUUAACUGGAAAUAUAUGCAUAAAGGGAUCAGCAUUUGGCUAGAUGUUCCUCUAGAAGCCUUAGCCCAUAGAAUCGCAGCUGUUGGAACCGAUUCACGGCCACUAUUACACGAUGAAUCAGGAGAUGCAUACACUGUGGCUUUUAAGCGUCUUUCAACUAUUUGGGAUGAGCGCGGUGAAGCAUACACAAACGCAAAUGCCAGAGUCUCCUUAGAAAAUAUUGCAGUCAAGCGUGGCUAUAAAGAUGUCUCAGAUCUCACACCAGCUGAAAUCGCCAUUGAGGCCUUUGAGCAAGUUCAGAGCUAUCUAGAAAAAGAAGAAACUAUGGAGAUCCCUGACGGCGACCUCUAA